AUGACCGACACGCCGCAGACAACUGCAGGUGCCGAUCCCAAGGAGGCCAGGGUCCUCGAACAGCAUUUAGACCCAAGCUACGACUUUUCAGAGUUUGACCCAGCAACACCGGCUCAGGAAGAUGGCGCAGACAGUGCUUCCAACUCAGGCGACCGUCAAAUGCCAGAGUCGUCGUUGCGACUGCAGGGCGGCGAUAUCCACCGUGAUCUGUACAAAAUCGCCGCACAGAACCGGCGGCAAAAGUUGCAUCAACGAGCAGCAACCUUUUCUGACGCAGUACAUUUUGGACGCAACAGUGCGCCGUCUAUUUCAGAUGUUGACCAUGACGAACUCCCCGUUCGCGACCAGCUUGCACCCGGUGGACUGAGACGACAAUACUUGCAGCGGCAAAGCAAGCGUGUCAGCUACAUCUCGGAGCCUGUGACGCGAAACUUCAUCUCAUUCCUUGAGCUGUACGGCCAGUUUGCUGGUGAAGAUCUUGACGAAGACACAGACGAAGAGUCUGCCAUUGACGAUGAAGAGGAAGAGGCGCAAGGCGAGCGCAGACCACUUCUCGGACGACGACAGAGUUCGAAAAGACUGAGGCAACAGGGCGACGCAGACCAAGUGAAGACCUUUUUCACUCUCCUGAAGGCCUUCAUCGGUACCGGAAUCAUGUUUCUGCCCAAAGCCUUCAAGAACGGCGGAAUGCUGUUUUCAUCCGUCACUAUGAUCCUGGUAUCUGCCAUCACCGCACUGUGUUUCGAGUUACUGUUGGCGACGAGGAAAAGAUACGGUGGCGGUGGUUACGGUGAUCUAGGUUCUAUUGUCGUGGGACCGAGAUUUCGUGCCCUCAUCCUGAUUUCCAUCACGCUGUCCCAAAUCGGCUUCGUAUGCGCUGGUCUUAUCUUCACGGCAGACAAUCUCCGAUCAUUCCUUGACGCUGUUGCUCAUGCAGAAGAACCACUUUCAACCAAUGCGCUCAUUGGUAUCCAGAUUGCUGUUCUGAUACCCAUGUCCUUCAUCCGAAACAUCUCCAAGCUCGGACCUGCCGCUCUUCUCGCCGAUGUCUUCAUCCUCAUCGGUCUGACAUACAUCUACUGGUACGACAUCUCGUGGAUCGCCAAGAUGGGAGGCUUCCACCCGUCUAUUGAGCUUUUCAACCCUCGUGACUUCACCAUGACCAUCGGUUCCGCAAUCUUUACCUUCGAGGGCAUCGGGCUCAUCCUCCCCAUUCAGUCCAGCAUGAAGGAGCCCGAGCACUUCAGCAAGCUCCUCUAUCUUGUCAUGCUCAUCAUUACCGUCAUCUUCACGUCCGUCGGCGUGCUUUGCUACGGAACCUUUGGCGAGAACGUGUCAGUCGAGGUCAUUACCAAUUUCCCCCAGUCUAGCAAGCUUGUCAAUGCUGUCCAGUUCCUCUACUCUAUGGCCGUCUUAGUCGGCACACCAGUACAACUCUUCCCCGCUAUGCGUAACAUCGAGCUUAAGAUCUUCGGUCGCGCAUCUGGCAAGCAGAGUAACAUGACCAAGUGGAAGAAGAAUGCUUUCAGGACUAGUCUUGUCAUUCUCUGCGGUCUCAUUGCUAUCCUUGGAGCUAGCGACUUGGACAAGUUUGUCGCGCUCAUUGGAAGCUUUGCUUGUGUGCCUCUAGUGUACAUUUACCCUGCUUUCUUGCACUACAAGGGCGUGGCCAAUCGUCCUUGGGAGAAGUUCGGUGAUGUCACUAUGAUGGUUGUCGGAGUUGUUGCCAUGGUGUACACUACUAGUGUUACUCUUGCUAGGUGGUCGGAGACUUGA